AAAACUUGAAGAUGGGGUCCUUAAGACCUUCUUGGAUGAAACAAAGGAUAUGUCACCCACUGAAAGGGGUGAGCAAUUAAUGAAAGCUCAAGGAAUCAUCGAUGCUCAUAAAUUACAAGCCCAAGAAGGUCAAACAGAGGCUCCACGGGAAGAUGCUCCAGUAAUUUACCACUUUGUUGCUUUCAUUCACAAAGAUGGUUCAUUGUACGAGUUGGAUGGUCGAAAGCCUUUUCCCAUCAAUUAUGGUCCAACUUCUCCAGAGAAAUUCUUGGAAGAUGCUACUAGCGUCUGCCAAGAAUACAUGACUCGAGAUCCGGAGGAGAUGCGCUUCACUAUGGUUGCUCUUGUACCAACUGAAUAAGAAAAAUCUUCAUUUUACCACUGGUACGGCACAGACUUUUGGCUAAUAACAAUGUCUGGAGCAAAUAUCAAUUAUUAUGUACUUCUCUCUUCUACUUUCGCUUCAAUUCUGUGAUGAUUAGUCUUGAAAGUGUUUGCUUUGCAAGCAACGUUUAUACUUUAAUACUUUAGCUGCCACUGAAAGUGGUACAUAUAAGCAUUUGUGAACAGUUUAAGGGUAAUCAAUGUCCUUGUGAAAAUUGAACUGAAGGUAAAACGAAAAAUGUGAACGCUAGCGAUACUGCUUUGAUAUGCGUCUAUUUCUAAGAGAUAACUGAUUAUAAUCUUUAAGCAAAGACGUUUUCAUGUUUAUCUCUAAUCGUAAGUGAGUCUAGUUUUUCAGGAUGUGUUACCUACAAUGUUGGUGUUUUCUCCUACUUCACGCCAUAUCAAUGUAUUAUUUCCAAAUCGGAACAAAAUCGUACUUGUUUAAUGUUAAGCUUCAGUCGGUCGAAUAUUUCCGAUAUUUUUUCAUAUACUUUAGUACGUAGAAGCGACACAACGUAGGUCGUGUUAAUCUAUUUUUCUAAGUCACCACUGGUGUUUUCUUUUUUUUUUCUUCUUCAAAAUGAAGUGAAAUUACCGUUUCCUGAAUUCUGUGAUGAUUAGUGUUGAAAGCAUCGGCUUUGCGUGCAAAGUUUAUUAUACUUUGAUAUAUUUACUACGAAAAAUUAUAUGGAAAUGUCAAGCAACUA